CAGAUGCCAUCUUGACUGCCGCGAUGAACUCACUCCACCUCCUGCAGGGGAACCAUUUGGCACUACGUUUUGAGAUUUCCAAGGAGUCCCAGUCAGCGAGCAAACACCUCAAGCUCAGCAGUCGCCUCCAAACGUUAAACUUCCCGUCCCGUCCCGCCCCCAUCAAAGGGCAGCCCCUUUUUUGACCUGCCCAUGAAUAAUAUAACUCGACUGCGUGAACAUGGUAGAAUUACCCCGAGCGCCACUGAGCAUUGUUGUCUGCCUAACUAACCUCCAUGGCUUGGUUCGCGGGUACGGUAUUCGGCUGGAGCUGCUCUCUUUGGCAGCUCCCGUCCGUAACAGCUCCAACAAACACCAACGUUAUCAACCUCGCAGGCAAAAUGCAACCAUAGGUCUGUCCUGCAAUUUACUAAAUUUCCCCUACCUCAACGUAUCAGGCUAUCAGCCACCAGCCAGCCCGCCCCUGAAAAAUGGCUGGGACGGGAAUGCACCUUGCAAAUCGUGCCACUCGCCCACACCCACUCCCAAGCCACCCAACGCCUCACACGACCUUUCAUCUGAACAACAUCGCCUUAUUGCUGCAGAGAUUGCAACUGCCAUGAUACUUUUUGUGUUGCAUGCCCGUGUUUAUACGUGUGCCUGGUGUAAUAGACUGCAAAUGCCGUGUAACAACGUUGGACCUGAGAAGCGCACAACAAGGGUCGGCUGGGCGGUCCAGGCAUCGUAUACAUAGUUGCAUAUCUAGAGAUACGCAUUCUUCGGACGGUUACUGUAACCAUAUAAAUGCACAAUGUUCAUGUUUUCGUGUCAGCUCUUGUGGCGAGACGGAAACACCUGGUAAUCGU